AUGAAUUUACCAUUGAAAUUCACCAUUGUAUUCACAAUAAUAAUUCAAUUCAUAACUGCUGCGUUAUUAAGUUUCUUAUUACUUGGAUGUAUAGAUACUUCAUCAAAUUAUUCAAAUGUUUAUUUAUUAAGUUAUAAAUUUAAUCAAUCAUCUCCAUUAUAUGAUUAUUUAUCAACCAGUUCAAACUCAUCAAUCACCACCACCACCACCACUAACAACAAUUCUACUGCUAUAGAUGAAUUAUCAGUAAAAGUUGGUUAUAUGGGUGUAUGUUUAUCUUCUUCAUCCAAGGAUAUAUCUUGUACCACAUAUACUGGAUUAGAUUCAUUCCCGAAAUUUUCUAUAUCGAUGUUAUCUGGAGAUCUUGAUCUUGUUCAAUUAGCUCAAUCAUUUAGCAAUAUAUGUCAUCCAAGAAUCUUAUUAGCAACAAUCAUUUUAACCCUUAUUGGUUUGAUUAUCCUUUGUUAUUGUGUCAUACCUAUUGUCCCCGGAAAAUCAAUAAUGAAAAAAUUAAAUGCCGGAUUAUCAUUUAUAUUACUAUUACUUUGGGGAUUAGGAUCAAUGUUACAACAUCAAGCUGUUGUUACAUCAGUGGAAAUGAUGCAGCAAUCUAGUUUCCAAUUAUUGAUUGGUACAAGAGGUGGUAGAGCAGAAGCUAUGACUUGGACAGCUUUUAGUUUUAUAUUGAUGAUGUUUUUAAGUGCUUGUUUAUCAUGGUGGAUGGAAAUUAGAAUGAGUAAAUUGAAUGGAAAAUCACUGCAACACCAACAACAACCACUGGUGGAUACAAAAAUUUAG